AUUUAUUAGGUAACUACUCAAUUUAUUACAAAUCACUAUAAUAGGCGUCUGGAGUAUUGAGUAUUGCCACUUGCCAGUCAUAAGUUAACUCAAAAGUAAAAAACUGAAGUAACCAGCAACUAGUGCAACUAACUACCACGUCAGCUGACAUAUUAUUCUUAUUUUUUACAUAACCAUUUAUGCAGGUAGAUACUUAAAUAUGGCAUCAAAUUUGAUGAAAAUGGUAAAGUUCAAUAACGGUCAAUUAUAUCCAAUCUUAGGUUUGGGAACUUGGCAGGCAUCAGCAAUCAUUGACGACUCUCAACAAUUCAUCAAUUCUAUAAAAAAUGCAAUUGACAUAGGAUAUCGUCAUUUUGACUGUGCUGCCAUUUAUAACAAUGAAAAAUUAUUGGGAAAGGCUAUAAAUGAUAAAAUUUUAGAAGGUGUUAUUAAAAGAGAUGAACUAUUUAUCACUAGUAAGCUUUGGAAUGAUAAGCAUAGAUCUGAGCUGGUGGAAGAAGCAUUGAAGAAUACUUUGAAUGAUUUAUGUUUGAGUUAUGUAGAUUUAUAUCUAAUCCAUUGGCCUUUUGGAACUAGUGAAGAUUCUAAUGCUACUGACAGCGAAGGUCGGUUAUUAAGUUCUGGUAUCUCUUAUUUAGAAACUUGGAAAGCUAUGGAAGCCUGUGUUCAAAAAGGUCUCACAAAAUCAAUUGGAGUGUCAAAUUUCAAUAUUAAACAGUUAAAAGAUAUUUUAGAAAUAGCUACAAUUAAACCAGUUGUUAAUCAGGUUGAGUGCCAUCCUUAUUUAACACAAAAUAAACUGAAGGAGUUUUGUGAAAGUAAUGGUAUAUUACUAACUGGUUAUGCACCAUUAGGAUCAGCAAAAAGAUCAUGGGCAGGACCUGAAGAAGAUGCUAUUUUAGAUGAACCUAUUGUAAAACAAUUAGCUGAAAAGCAUAAGAAAACCAAUGCUCAAAUAUUAAUAAAGUUCCAAAUCCAAAGAGGUGUUAUAGUCAUUCCAAAGUCAUCCAAUCCAGAGAGGCAGAAAGAAAAUUUUGAUGUCUGGGAUUUUGAGUUAACUACACAAGAUAUAGGUCUACUCGAAUCCUUGAACAAAAAUGCUCGUUAUUUUGAAUUCAACACCGCAAAACAUUUGAAAGAUCACCCAUUCCUUGAUGAAGCCUAAUUUGAACAUUUGGAGAUAAACAUUUAACAUUUUGGCUAAAAUUAAUACUAUACUGCUUAUAAAUAUUAAAUAUAUUAAAAAUGUAUUUAACUUAAAAAUAUACAAGUUUACUACUACA